CUUGAAAUUACAUGUGCGAGCAGUAACUGAAAAAUGACAUGGCUUUCAUCAUUAAGUCAGCGAAAACUAUUCGGACCCACUGGAAGAAAUCAACAUUUGGUGCAUGUCUGUGUGUGUAUGGAAUUCAAUUUGCUAAAGAAAAAAGGGCAGAGGAGUUGAUCAGGAGGGCAUUCUGUGCAGAGGCAGUGGAAUAUGGCAGUAAAAUCCUAGGAUUUAACGAGAAACCACGUCGAGUGACUGUCUUCCUCAACCCUGCAGUGAAAGGAGGAAAGGGGACCAAACUAUUCACCAAGACUGCUGCCCCCAUCUUGUAUCUGGCUGGGAUGGAGGUGAACGUUGUCAAGACGGAGUAUGAAGGUCAAGUAAAGGAGUUUAUCAAGGUCUUGGAGUCCCAGGACACCGACGCCAUCAUCAUUGCCGGAGGUGACGGCACUCUGCUGGAGGCUGUCACAGGCUUGAUGAGGAAAGAAGACAAGCACUUCCGGAACAAUAUACCUGUUGGAGUUAUCCCCCUUGGCAAGACAAAUCGGUUUGCCAAGUUGCUGUUUGGAACCGAUCUGAAUCAAGUCAGACUAAUUGCCGAGUCUGCCAUGGCGAUCAUCAAGGGAGAGACGAGCCAGUUUGACGUGAUGAAGAUAGAGGGGGAGGAGGGCAAGACCACGUAUGCUGUGUCCGGCCUGGAGGUGGGGCUCUACCGAGAUGCUGAGCAGAGGAAGCUGAAGAACUGGUAUUUCGGUCCACUGAAGCACUACUGGACAUACAUCCGGACCACUCUGAGGAACGACUGGCCGGCCACCUUCAAUGGGAAGAUGACAUACGUGGAGGCCACACCAGAGAACACCAAACUCGUGGCUCCCAAAGUGGAAGCGCCGCCGAAGUCCCGGACGUGGAGCUGGCUGGGUUUGCUGUACAACCAGUCCCCUAAACCUCCUGUGGCAACAAGUGACUUUGUCAUGGACAGCUCUGCAGAUGCUGAACAGGAGAGAGAUAUCUCUGCAGUCGAGCUUACCAUCAUGUCUUCCAAUUACAAGAAAGAGAAUGCAGUCCCAUCAUUAGCGGUUGGCAUUGGACCUAAAGAACCUGGCCGACAGGAGUUAAUAUCGGAAGGAUGGAGGAGAGUGAAGGAAAGGGACACAACUCUUCCCCUGGGAACAGACUCCAAUGAACAGAUACAUGUGAAAUCUCUGCAUCUUGUGCCUGAUGAAGAAACUUGCGAAGGUCAGUGGUUCAACAUCGACGGGGAGGCCUUUGAGGCAAUGCCAAUCACAAUCAGCCUGCUGCGCAACAAGCUGCGCGUCUACUCCCAACCCGUCUCGGUCACAUGAUGUUCAUCUUGUCCUAGUUCUCUAACUUACGGAAUGACACGGAACAGGUGCACCUUGAAAUGUGAACAACUGAUGUCCAAUAUAGCCUCAGGGGGAUGUCAGAGGUCACCAGGAAGACCUGUGUGCAUAUCUUGUGUUGAUAUGUGAUUGUACAGAAUAUCUCAUGAAGGAUUGUUGUGGAAGGCAGAGAGAUUAUCAUACAUUAUCUAUACUGGUGUGUGUAGGUACAAGCUGUUGGCCUACAGCAGUCUCUAUACUGGUGUGUGUAGGUACAAGCUGUUUGCCUACAGCAGUCACGAUACUGGUGUGUGUAGGUACAAGCUGUUUGCCUACAGCAGUCUCGAUACUGGUGUGUGUAGGUACAAGCUGUUUGCCUACAGCAGUCUCUAUACUGGUGUGUGUAGGUACAAGCUGUUUGCCUACAGCAGUCUCGAUACUGGUGUGUGUAGGUACAAGCUGUUUGCAUACAGCAGUCUCGAUACUGGUGUGUGUAGGUACAAGAUACUUGUGUGUCUAUAUGUGUGUUGUAGCCCUGCAAAAAUAUGCAUAGAUAAUUUAGUGUGAUUACUGUGAAAAAAUACAAAACUCAACGUUUCUUUUUCAGUAAUGAUUUACUUUAAAACUGUGUAUGUAUACAAUAUCAACCAUUAAAUAUGAGUAUGAUUUGAAGCAUUGCACAAAUUGGUAUGGAAGUCGGCGUCAUGGUAAGAGUACAACAGGCACCAUUUGUACAUAGUAUACAAAAUACAUCUCAGUAAAAUAAUACACAAGGUCAUGCUACUCUGUCAUGUUUGGGACGUCAAGUGAAGACUAUACUCUUGGUGUCUACUUCUCAAAACAAGUUCAAGGACACUAUAUUAACGGUAUUAUGGUAAAUC